AUGGGUUCUACCUCUCAAGAGAUUCUGAGGAGCCUUUGCUCUAACACGGAGUGGAAGUAUGCUGUGUUCUGGAAACUUAAUCAUCGAUCUCGAAUGGUACUUACCUUGGAGGAUGCUUACUAUGACAAUCAUGGGCACAAUAACUCAGCGCAAGUUAUACCCAAAAACAUGCAUGGAGGACAUCAAGCACAUGACCCUCUUGGUUUAGCUGUGGCAAAGAUGGCUUAUCAUGUCUACUCACUAGGGGAAGGGAUUGUAGGACAAGUUGCAGUUUCUGGAGAACAUCAAUGGGUAUUCCCUGAAUAUUAUGACAACUGUCAGUCAGCAUUUGAGUUUCAUAACAUUUGGGAGAGUCAAAUGUCUACUGGAAUUAAGACCAUUCUUGUAGUAGCUGUUGGUACCUGUGGAGUUGUGCAGCUAGGCUCUUUGCAUAAGGUGGGUGAAGAUGUGACGUUGGUGAAUCAUAUCCGACAUAUGUUUUUGGCACUCAAGGAUCCACUGGCAGAUCAUGCAGCAAAUUUAAUGCAAUGUAAUAUGAACAAUUCGUUGUGUCUGCCAAAAAUACCUUCUGAAUGUUUACAUGUCGAGGCUUUCCCUAAGGAUGUGGAUGAGUCAAAUAUUCUAACUCAGUACAAACCUAGAAGAAGUGAUAGCAUUCCUUAUAAUACUCCUUCAUGUCUUCUCAUGGAGAAGGGAGCUCAAGUAACUGAUGGUCUGGAAGAUGUGCAAGGAUCUACUUGUGGGAACUAUAGCGGUGUCACGUUUGGCUUUCCAAAUGAUUUGGUUGAUGCCAAACAUGAUAAUCAAGUAGGUACAAAUAUAAUCAGUGAUGUACCUCAUGUGGGGAUGAUUAGUGUGUGCAAAGAUCCGAGAGGAUUAGAUCCUAUUUUACAUCAGUAUGUGAAGAAUCGUGUGCUCAACAAUACAAGCUCAUCUUCUUUAGCAACUGAGGCUGAAAGAUUGAUGACAGGCCAGUCAUAUCCAGGCCUGGACUCAACUUUUUAUGCUUCAUCAAGAACAGAUAAAGAAAGUUCUUACCAGAAUGAGGUGUUCCAACUAUCUGAGAACCAAGGAAAUAGAUACCUAAAAGAGACUGAGCGUACGCUGGAGAGGAAAUGCGAGUCAAGUCGAUUUGAUGAUUUGAUCUCUUCUGGAUAUACUUUUGCUGGCAGCGAGCUGCUAGAGGCAUUAGGCUCUGCGUUCAGGCCAACGAGCAGCGGUCAUGAGGAGCUAGUGAAGUCUGAACAUGGUUCAACGUUAAGAGCAACAGAUGAUAUGAGUCAUAGCCAGCUCACAUUUGACUCUGGCUCUGAGAAUCUUCUAGAUGCGGUGGUUGCUAACGUAGGUCAUAGCAAUAGCAAUAGCAAUGUCAGUGAUGAUAUAUUUCCAAGCAGAUCGGUACAGUCAUUGCUUACCAGCAUGGAAAUGGCAGAACCCUCAGGGCAAAAGAAGCAUAUUGUUGUUAACCCAAUUGAUGUGGCUAUGAAUCAGCUGCCAGUAGCAGAGGUGGAUAACCAACAGAAUCCGUCAGAUAUCUGUGGAGCAUUUUCCUCGAUUGGGUUCUCAUCCACGUGUCCCAGCUCCUCUAGUGAUCAGUUUCAGACAUCCCUGGAGAUGCCCAAGAAGAACAAAAAGAGGGCUAAACCUGGUGAAAGUUCUCGGCCACGCCCAAGAGACAGGCAACUCAUUCAGGAUAGAAUCAAGGAACUGAGAGAACUUGUCCCUAAUGGAUCUAAGUGCAGUAUUGAUUCUUUGCUAGAACGCACGAUCAAGCACAUGCUCUUUCUGCAGAAUGUUACUAAGCAUGCUGAUAAGCUCAGUAAGAGUGCUAAUACAAAGAUGCAACAAAAGGAAACUGGCACGCAAGGUUCAAGCUGCGCAGUGGAGGUUGGAGGCCAUCUUCAAGUGUGCUCGAUUAUCGUGGAGAAUCUGAACAAGCAGGGGAUGGUGCUUAUCGAGAUGUUAUGUGAAGAAUGUAGCCAUUUUCUUGAGAUAGCAAAUGUGAUCAGGAGCUUGGAUCUCAUCAUCCUAAGAGGCAUCACCGAGGCUCAGGGCGAGAAGACAUGGAUAUGCUUUGUAGUUGAGAGCCAGAGCAACAAAGUAAUGCAGAGGAUGGACAUUUUGUGGUCUCUGGUGCAAAUAUUUCAGCCAAAGGCCAAUGGCAAGCGGUAG